AUUGUUGAAAGAAAAAGACAGUGAGAACAGGAACAAUGGAGGACCAACAUCCAUUGCUCCCUAGUAUACUUCAUUCAACACCUAAUUUAUCAGACAUGUCAUCGGACGAAAUCGAAGAGUUCUUGGAACACAAGAAUGUGACUUUCAAAGGGUAUCUCAAGUUGUUUACAUGGGAAUCAAGACUACUUUGGCUUCUGUCAGGGGCUGUUAUUGUAGUGUUGAUAUUUAACUACAUGCUUGGCUUUGUUACACUUAUGUUUGUUGGACAUUUAGGUUCAUUGGAGUUAGCUGGUGCUUCCAUUGCUAGUGUGGGAAUUCAAGGCCUUGCUUAUGGUGUCAUGUUGGGCAUGGCAAGUGCUGUUGAGACAGUUUGUGGCCAAGCAUAUGGAGCAAAAAGAUAUGCAGUUAUGGGAGUGAUAUGCCAAAGAGCAAUUAUACUUCACCUUGGAGCAGCUUUAGUCCUCUCAUUCCCUUACUGGUUCUCUGGGCCAUUGGUUAAAGCAAUAGGCCAAUCAGAGACCAUAUCUGAGCAAGGCGAGUUAUUCGCCCGGGGAUUGAUCCUUCAGCUCUAUGCAUUUGCUAUUAGUUGUCCAAUGCAGAGGUUUCUGCAGGCACAGAACAUUGUCAAUCCUUUGGCUUAUAUAGCGGUUUCCGUAUUCCUUGUGCAUGUUCUGAUAACUUGGCUUGUGGUUGAGGUCUUGGAAUAUGGUCUAUUCGGAGCUGCCCUCGCGCAGAGCUUCUCGUGGUGGCUUUUGGUCAUCGCGCAAGGUCUUUAUGUCGUUAUUAGUCCUUCGUGCAAAGAAACUUGGACUGGUUUCUCUAUGAAUGCUUUCAAUAGCAUUUGGCCUUACUUCAAGCUAACUGUUGCCUCUGCUGUCAUGUUAUGCUUGGAGAUAUGGUACUUCCAAGGCCUGGUGCUUGUAUCAGGGCUACUUCCCAAUGCUACAAUCUCACUAGACUCAAUUUCUAUUUGCAUGAAUUACUGGAACUGGGAUUUGCAAUGUAUGUUGGGAUUAGCAGCUGCAGCCAGUGUUCGAGUUAGUAACGAGCUUGGAGCAGGACAUCCGAGGGUCGCCAAGUUUUCAGUGGUUGUAGUGAACAUGACCAGUAUCAUGUUCAGUACAAUUCUCUGCAUUAUUGUGCUGAUAUUCAGAGUUGGAUUAAGCAAACUCUUUACAAGUGACUCUCAAGUCAUUGAAGCUGUCUCUCAUUUGACUCCAUUACUUGCCAUUUCUGUUUGGUUGAAUGGCAUUCAGCCUAUUCUCUCAGGUGUGGCUGUUGGCAGUGGAUGGCAAGCAGUGGUAGCAUAUGUCAAUCUAGCUACUUAUUAUUUUAUUGGCCUCCCAAUUGGAUGUAUUCUUGGCUUCAAAACAAGUUUGCAAGCAGCAGGAAUAUGGUGGGGGAUGAUUGUUGGAGUUAUCCUACAAACAUGCACCUUGUUUAUUUUAACUGCCAGAACAAACUGGAAUACUGAGGUUGCAAAAGCUGCUGAUCGCUUGAACGAAGCUGGAAAUCGAGAGAGUGAAGAUCUCGCAGACAGCCCUUGAAAAGAGUCUGCUCCAUAUUCUUUUAAGACCAUUUUUGUGUUUGUUUUCACAUGAAAACGGAUAAAUAUCCAUCCCACUGAACUUGUGAAAAAAUUCUUCAAGCCCCAGCUUCCAUCAAAAAGAUCAUGGCACCAGCAAGAACUUGUAUUGCCAAGAUUCCAAUAACUAACAAGUGAGUUCUAUCAGAGAUCAAUUCACAACAACUUCUUUG